CCGUCUUUUAACUAUUUUUCCUUAUUUAUAUUGCUUUUCAAACAAAACAAUUCAUGUCUGAUUGUGUUAAUUUUAUUUUAUGGCGUUUAUGUGAUUUAAACAGCAAAGUGAUCUAUGCAUUAUCUUUUCAAAAGAUGCUCUGUCUUUUUUUCAUAGAUUCAUACUUUGGGGACAAGAGUUCGUAUGCAGAAAAUGUUAGCACAAUGAAUUUUACAAGCUCUUCUUCUGCAAGAGGACUAAAUAGUGCCUGGAUAGGAAAAACACCCCUCUCUUCUAGUAGAUCAGGUUGUAGAAGCAGGACUCCUCUCAUGGGAUAUUCAGUUACAUCCUCAUCUGCUGUCUCUGCUCAUUUGGUUGCGUCCGUUAUUGUAGCUGUAGUAGAAGGGAGAGGACUUGCCAGAGGUGAAGUAGGAAUGGCUAGUAUUGACUUAAAAAACCCUGAAGUGGUAUUAUCCCAAUUUGCGGACAAUACAACCUAUGCUAAGGUUAUCACAAAACUCAAGAUUUUAACACCAUUAGAAAUAAUAAUGUCAAAUACCGCUUGUGAUAUAGGGAAUACAACCAAAUUGUUCAGUUUGAUAACAGAAAAUUUCAAGAACGUGACUUUUACUACUGUCCAAAGAAAAUACUUCAAUGAAACAAAGGGCUUGGAAUAUAUAGAACAGUUGUGUACAUCUGAAUUCAGCACUGUCCUAAUGGAGGUUCAGUCCAAGUAUUACUGUCUAGCAGCUGCUGCAGCUUUGCUAAAAUAUGUUGAAUUUAUUCAAAAUUCAGUUUAUGCUCCUAAGUCGCUCAAGGUUCGUUUCCAGGGAAGUGAGCAAACUGCUAUGAUAGAUUCAUCAUCAGCUCAAAAUCUUGAAUUGUUAACUAACAAUAGAGAUUCUCGGAAUGGUCACACUCUUUUUGGCGUUCUAAAUUAUACUAAAACUCCAGGUGGAAGCCGAAGACUUAGGUCUAAUAUCCUGGAGCCUCUGGUUGAUGCUGAAACAAUUAACACAAGAUUGGAUUGUGUUCAGGAACUACUCCAGGAUGAGGAGCUCUUUUUUAGUCUUCAGGCAGUGAUGUCAAGAUUCCUUGAUACUGAACAACUUCUUUCAAUUUUAGUACAAAUUCCAAAGCAAGAUACAGUUAAAGCUGCUGAAUCAAAAAUAACGAAUUUAAUCUAUCUGAAGCAUACUUUGGAACUUGUGGAUCCUCUGAAGGCUGCUUUGAAAAGCUGCAAGACACAUCUAUUAAAGGCAUAUUACAGUUCUCUGGAAGACAAAAGGUUUGGAAUCAUACUUGAAAAGAUUAAAACGGUCAUUAAUGAUGACACAAGAUACGCAAAAGGAUGCCUGAAUAUGAGGACCCAGAAGUGCUAUGCAGUCAGGCCAAAUAUCAAUGAAUUCCUUGAUAUAGCUCGUAGAACAUACACAGAGAUUGUAGAUGACAUAGCAGGAAUGAUAACACAGCUUGGAGAAAAAUACAACCUACCUUUGAAGAUGAGUUUCAGUUCUGCUCGUGGAUUUUUUAUCCAAAUGAAUGCAGAAUGUGCAGUAUUACCUAAUGGUCAGCUUCCUUCAGAAUUUACAAAGAUCACUAAAAUGAAAAAUGCAUAUAGCUUUACUUCAGCAGACUUAAUUAAAAUGAAUGAAAGAUGCCAGGAGUCUUUGAGAGAAAUUUAUCACAUGACCUACUUGAUAGUGUGUAAACUACUGAGUGAAAUCUAUGAACAUAUUCAUUGCCUAUACAAACUCUCUGACACUGUGUCAAUGUUGGAUAUGUUGCUGUCAUUUGCCCAUGCCUGCACUCUUUCUGACUAUGUUCGUCCAGAAUUUACUGAUACCUUAGCAAUCAAGCAGGGAUGGCAUCCCAUUCUUGAAAAGAUAUCUGUGGAAAAACCUGUUUCUAAUAACACGUAUAUCACAGAAGGCAGCAAUUUUAUCAUUAUUACAGGACCAAAUAUGAGUGGAAAAUCAACUUAUCUGAAACAGAUUGCUCUCUGUCAAAUUAUGGCACAGAUUGGUUCUUAUAUCCCAGCAGAAUAUUCUUCUUUUAGAAUUGCCGAGCAAAUUUUCACUAGAAUUGGUAUGGAUGAUGAUAUAGAAACAAAUUCAUCAACAUUCAUGAAGGAAAUGAAAGAGAUAACAUAUAUCAUACAAAAUGCUAAUGACAAAUCACUCAUCAUAAUUGAUGAACUUGGCAGAGGUACCAGCACUGAAGAAGGUAUUGGCAUUUGUUAUUCAGUGUGUGAAUAUCUACUGAGUUUGAAGGCAUUUACUCUAUUUGCUACACAUUUCCUGGAACUGUGUCACAUAGAUGCUUUAUAUCCCAAUGUGGAAAACAACCAUUUUGAAGUGCAACAUGUGAGAAACAGUGCUGGAAAUAAGGAAAAAAUUACUUAUACUUACAUACUUUCGAAAGGACACACAGAGGAAAAAAACUAUGGAUUAAAAGCUGCAGAAGUUUCUUCUCUACCACCAUCAAUAAUUUUGGAUGCAAAGGAGAUCACAACUCAUAUUGCUAGACAAAUUUUGCAAAAGCAAAGAACCACUCCUGAGACAUUAAGACAGAGGGCUGUAUACCAUCUAGCAACAAGACUGGUUCAGACUGCAAGGAACUCUCGAUUGGAUCCAGACAGUUUGCGAAUAUUCUUGAAAGGCCUGAAAAAAAAGUAUGAAGCUGAUUGUCCUGUGUCUGGGCAAGCACAAACUGAAGAUGGACAGUAAUUUAUAGCUUACACUAAUGGACUAAUUUAUUUGGUGAGGGCCAGAAUAUUUAU